GCGGUUCGAUGAAUUUCCACCUAAAUGAGAGCGAAGACGUAUACUGCAGUAAUUCAAUUUUUAAGAUAUCGUUAACUGUUAGGUCACACGCGGGCCUUACUCAACAAUGAAACGACCGCGUUUUCCCUCUCCGAAGGCACUCUCUUCCCCAGAAACAAGAGAAACGGAAGAGAGGAAAGUGUUCUCAAGUUUUUCAUGAUCACAAUUCAAAAAUUCCAAGUUAAGGUCUAUCUAAAUCGAAUUUCGAAAUCCUAAAACCGACAAGCUAAAAUAUUUGCUCCGCCUUAUCCUUUGCGAUCAUGGAAAUAUCUACAGGACCAAUCUGUUCUUGCUCAAAAGAGAACCAGAAGAUCUACCUUGAGUGGUUUAACUUCGCUGAUUCAGAUGGUGACGGUCGAAUCACUGGUAGUGACGCUAUAAAAUUCUUUGGCAUCUCUAAUUUAUCUCGACAGGAUCUUAAGCAGGUGUGGGCGAUUGCAGAUUCUAAGCGACAGGGAUUUCUAGGUUUCAAUGAGUUCGUCAGUGCUAUGCAGUUAGUUUCCCUGGCACAAGCAGGGCAUGAAAUCAGAAAUGAUAUCUUAAAUAGCAAUGUUGACUUUGGAAAUUUGAAGCCUGCAUCCAUGGAAGGUCUGGAUGCCCUGAUCGCGAAGAAAAAACGUUCUUCAAAAUUAAGUGACCCUGAUACAAAUGGUAGUCCUCCAGUGCAAACAUCACCUUCAGUUAAUUGGUUUUCUUCAAAAUCAUCAAAAAAGGUGCCUCUAUCCUCGGUUACAUCCAUCAUUGAUGGCUUGAAGAGACUGUACAUUCAGAAGCUGAAGCCGCUUGAAGUUACUUACCGUUUUAAUGAUUUUGUAUCUCCGUUGUUGACAAACAGUGAUUUUGAUGCCAAACCAAUGGUUAUGCUAUUGGGUCAAUAUUCCACUGGAAAAACAACAUUCAUCAAACAUUUACUCAAAAGUGGUUAUCCUGGAGCUCAUAUUGGACCUGAGCCAACAACCGACAGAUUUGUUGUUGUCAUGUCUGGUACUGAUGAAAGGAGCAUCCCCGGCAACACAGUGGCAGUCCAAGCAGAUAUGCCCUUUAAUGGGCUCACAACUUUUGGAACUGCUUUUUUGUCAAAAUUUGAAUGUUCUCAAAUGCCUCAUCCUUUACUGGAGCAUAUUACAUUUGUGGACACACCUGGAGUUCUAUCAGGGGAGAAACAACGAACACAACGAGCUUAUGAUUUUACUGGUGUAACUUCAUGGUUUGCUGCUAAGUGUGAUCUCAUUCUGCUUCUGUUUGAUCCUCACAAACUUGAUGUCAGCGAUGAGUUCAAACGUGUGAUUUCAUCCUUACGUGGUCAUGAUGAUAAGAUCCGUGUGGUUCUCAACAAGGCAGACCAAGUUGGUACUCAACAACUAAUGAGGGUUUAUGGGGCGCUAAUGUGGUCACUUGGCAAAGUUCUAAAUACUCCUGAAGUUGUGCGUGUUUAUAUUGGCUCCUUCAAUGAUAAACCAGUAAAUGAAGCUGCUGUUGGUCCAAUUGGGAAAGAACUUUUUGAGAAAGAACAGGACGACCUUCUGGCUGAUCUAAAAGAUAUACCAAAGAAGGCUUGUGAUCGCCGAAUAAAUGAAUUUGUGAAACGAGCUAGAGCAGCAAAGAUACAUGCUUACAUUAUUAGUCAUCUUAAAAAGGAGAUGCCGGCAAUGAUGGGGAAAGCAAAGGCUCAACAGCGUCUUAUUGAUAAUUUGGCAGAUGAGUUUGGAAAGGUCCAAAGGGAGUUCCAUUUGCCUCCAGGUGAUUUUCCAAAUGUUGAAUACUUCAGAGAGGUUUUGAGUGGUUACAACAUUGACAAGUUUGAAAAGUUAAAGCCUAAAAUGAUACAAGCUGUUGAUGACAUGCUUGGUUAUGACAUCCCAGAGCUCUUGAAGAACUUCAGAAAUCCAUAUGACUAAGAGGUCAUUGAUGUAGCCAGUUUAUAGAGGGCUGAAAUUUAGAUCAAUACUAGAUGGAAUAAAAAUGUCUGUUACGUCUGGUAGGAGCAUUGUGCAGCUUAGAACUUCUCCGUUACAUAGAUGUACAUUUAUUGGAGUCGUCCCAGGGUUUGAAUGCAUCGAUUUACGUAAAAAAUAUAUAGUUGAUUCAGAUGCUUGAUUUACACUUGCUUUAAUAAUGUGAAAUGGAGAUAAUAGGGUCAUCUAAUUGCUUCCAACUUUUUGUAAUUUGUCUAGUUUCUAUUUCAUCAGCUUUUUUCUGUUGCAAGGGUGGGAUGGCUCAUAUCUUGUAUUGUUUUUAAUAAGGGAAAUAAAUUUGGAAUGAUGGUGUUUCUGAUUA